AUGGCGCUGCCGAACUCCUCCCUCAUCUCCCUCAUUCCUACACACCCUUUGCUUCGCAUCUACAAUGUCCGCCCCGCCUUCAUCGACGACACGCAGGAUACCAAGCUCAAACGAGGGAAAAGGCCUUCUUCGUAUGCUUUGAUGGACGAGAUGGCGCCGGUGUUAAGGGCAGAUUGGCCGAGUGGAGUCAGCCUGGCAGGAAAAUUGGCGGAAGUUCAAGUCAGAUGUGUGGAAGAAGAGGGAGCUCAAGAGGAGCUGGAGAGGGCAUAUCAAGGCAAGGGCGUCAGUCUUAAUGGAGAGACAGAAGGUGUGGGAAGUCUGACUGAGAACGUAGGAUGGAGAAGGUUGGCAGGACUGUAG